AUGGGGGGUAAAAUACUUACUGGUUCGGCAAUAUCUCCUGCUGUAGGCUCUGCUGGUGCUCUAAUAACCUUGUGGAAUCAGAAGGAGUUUGUGGUGAAGGAUGUAGUCAUUAAUAGUAGAUUUGUAGUAACUAAAGGGAUGUUGGAAGGAGUACCAGGAAGUUGUUGUUUUAUUAAUGUGUAUGGCCCUAGUGUGGAUGCAGAUAAAGAGAUGUUUUUCAGGGAAUUGUUAUCAUUUUUGGAUAAUGUUGACUGUCCAUUAUGCUUAGGAGGUGAUUUCAAUGCAGUGUUGUCACAGGAAGAGAAAGAAGGAGGGGCUGUGAAUUCGGUAACAACGAAUAUGUUUAGAGAUUUUGUGAGUAAGGCCAAUUUGUUUGAUUUGCCUUUGUCUGGAGGUCGUUUUACAUGGUGCAAUAAUAGGGAAGUUCCCACUUUUGAGAGGUUGGAUCAGUUUUUGGUUGAUCAGAGAUUACUAGCUUGUUUUCCUAAGAUAAGUCAGUCACUGCAGCCAAGGUCUGUUUCAGACCACAAUAUUAUUUUGUUAGAGAACAAAGUAUGUAAUUGGGGGCAGAAACCGUUUAGACUGUUUAACUAUGUAAUGGAGGAGGAUGGGUUUAGUGAGAUGAUGGAGAAGGAGCUAGUUAAAUUUUUUAAAGAGGAAAAAGGGAAGCCCAUGUCUAAGGUGCUGAAGAGGGUGAAGGGUGUGGUAAAGAAUUGGUCUGGGAGGGGUUACUUAGAGUUACCCAGAAAAAUCAGAUUAUUGGAGAAAGAAAUUCAGGAUUUGGAAUUGAAAAUGCAACAAGGUCUUCCUUCGGUGUCAAUGAAAUCAAUAAUUGAAGCAAAAAAAGAAACUAUGGGAGCUACUAAAGAAAGAAGAAUCGAUAUGGUUGCAAAAAUCAAGACUGAAAUGGAGAAUGGAUGGUGA